AUGGUUGGCCGACUCGAAGGAAAAGUUGCCGUUGUUACGGGCGGCGGCAGUGGCUUUGGGGCCGGCAUUGCGAAGAAGUUCGCUCAAGAGGGCGCCAAAGUCCUGAUUUGUGAUCUCUCACAAGAAAACGGCACCAAGGUUGCAGAGUCCAUUGGGGCCGAGUUCAUCACAGCCAAUGUCACCAAGCGUGGAGACUGGGAAACAAUUCUGAAGACCUCCUUGGACAAAUUUGGCGGCCUAGAUAUUGUUAUCAACAAUGCCGGUGCCACCUACAGCAACAAGCCAACGCACACGGUUACGGAGGACGACUUUGACUUGUGCUAUAACGUCAAUGUCAAAGGUGUCUACCUGUCCACCAGUGUCUUGCUGCCGUACUUCUUGGACAACAAACGACCAGGCGUCUUCGUCCAGAUUGCUUCGACGGCCGGCAUCAGGCCACGUCCGGGCUUGACCUGGUAUAACUCGUCCAAGGCGGCCUGCAGCAAUGCAACCAAGACCAUGGCAGUGGAGUACGCGCCUAACAAGAUCAGAUUCAACGCUGUCUGUCCCGUAGUUGGCAGCACUGGGAUGACACAUCUGUUUAUAGGAAAGCCGAAUACAGAGGAGAAUAUGAAGUCUUUCACCGCCGCUGUACCCAUGGGUCGAGGGUCGACGCCAGCUGAUGUUGCCAAUGCAUGCUGUUAUCUUGCUAGCGAUGAGGCCGAAUUCAUCACAGGCGUGAAUUUGGAGGUAGAUGGUGGUCGGUGCGUGUAG